CUGAGUUGCUAGAUGCUCUCGUCGACAAGCGCCACCGGUCGUACAUGUCUGCGGUCCGUGGCAUCAGCUUAGGGACGUUUCGGGCUCGUGUGCCCAUGUCGACGAUGCCGAUACACCAUCGCUGGGUUCUUAGGUACGGAAUACAUUUGUCACAUAUUUUAGUUGUUUCCUUAACCGUUUGUUCUAACUUAAUUUUCAUUUUCGCGAUGCAGGUUACGCGCUUCAGGUCUUCUCCCGAUUGCACGACUUGUGGAGGGAGAUAUGGCCGACCCUGCACGUCGACCUAGGGACAGGGCUCCACGGUUCCAGUUCGACAUGUCCCUCCUCGCGGCACUUCUCGACCGUUGGCGUCCGGAGACGCACACGUUUCACCUACCGGUUGGUGAGAUGACCCCUACUCUUCAGGACGUGGCGAUGCUUCUAGGCUUGCCAUGUGCUGGACGAGCUGUGGGUGCAGAGGACGUGGGACUCUCGUGGCGCGACGACCUUUUGGCUCGGUUCACCGGGGUUCAGCGCAACGAGCUAGCAUUGCCGUACCGGCCCUUGCCUGCGAACCACGCACACGGACCGACAAAGAGGUGGCUUCUACAGUUCAGUGCGGACUACAUGAGGGCAGACGCAGACGACUUUACGGUUGCCAGGCACUUCGAGGCGUACUUACUGUGGCUGUUCGGCUGGGUCAUGUUCUGCAGCUCGCAGGGUGACUCGUGCCCCAAACAGCUCAUUCCUUUGGCGAGGUCGAUAGCUGACGCUCCACUUCACGAGAUGCCAUAGUUCAGCUGGGGUUCUGCUGUUUUGGCUGCGAGUUACAGGGGUCUUUGCAUGGGCGU